CCUGCAGGACUGGAAAAGCACUAUCUACAUGCAUGCAAACUAACACCAUAUGCGUAGACAGGACAAUUUUGCACAUACAAGUAUCUUUAUAAACGCUUUUUGUCCUGGAGAUUUCUCUACUUUUGAAUCAGUUACACCGUGUGGGACACCGCUUUGAGUGCUGUACGUUACGGGGUUACAACUUUAAGAGUGGGAUGUUCCUCAUAGCAGUGAUAAGAAUGAGGAAACACCAGCAGCCGUGAAUGUAAGCACAGCUCAAAGCUCACGAGCCUCUGGACACUACGGUCCGUGUCCGAGUUCAUCUGUGGACGACAGAACGUCGGUCACACGGGUGGGCCGAUGGCAGAUUCCUCACCGCUCGCUACUACCGCGCCACCUGGCAAGGGUGAUGGUAACCCAGAGUAUAUUGCCUUUAUUCUGGUGCCUUUCUUCUUUCUGCUGGGGCUUCUGGGAGUCCUCAUCUGCCACAUCCUGAAGAGGAAGGGCUACCGCUGUACAACUGAGUCAGAGGAAGAUGAAGAGUUGGAGAAAGAGGAAGACGAAGAAGAUAAAGAUCCAGAAAAAGGAGAUCUAAAUGACACCUUCAGUGAUUCCAACGCUGACACGGUGGGCCAAAUCGUUCACUACAUCAUGAAAAAUGAAGCCAACUCUGAUGCACUCAAAGCCAUGGUUCAGGAGAGUAUAGACUCAGAGGGUGGCCCUAUGACACCAACCUCUCCAAACACACCUACCAGCCCAGAGAGCCCUGCACUACCGGUGUUGCCGCCCAGCACAGCCAAACACACCUGCAACCACCUGCACACCAUUGGAGGAGUCGGAGGACAAAAGAAUAUCUGCAACCGCUGCAACCAGAAAAAAUGGCCUCUGAUGAGACGCUCGUCCAGCAAGAAAUUUGACAGACGUAGUCACAUAGGAGAGGUCACCGUGCUGUCUGUGGGCAGAUUCCGGGUGACAAAGUGUGACCCCAAAUCGGCCCGGGAUAGACGGACAUUGCUGAUCACUGAGCCCAAUGGUAGUGUCCCUGCUUCACCUGCUACCGCUGACCCCCCUGAACGCAGCACACCAGCACAGUCACAGGAGAAAGGAGACACUGCAAAGUGACAUCUGUUUGGUUCCAAUCUCAGGUGACAUUUUAAAAAGAUUUUAAUCCGGAAGUCACACUUCGAAAGAGGAAUUUAGAGAGGGAAAACGCCUCAAACUGAUGAUGAUGAUAGUUGUGAUAAUGGAGGAGGAAAAGAGGAUGAUGGACGCAAACCCUCCUGUCCGUCAUGUGACGCGUCAAUCGUGGAAAGACAGCAGACGCUGUUUUAUAUACAUUAACCUGUCACCAUGCCAACCCACCUUUCUCAAACAUCCUUACGUCAUUAUCAGUGGUGGACGGCAUAAUUUGUGCUUGUUAAUGGCUAUGAACGUGUCAAUGGUUAAUCCAACCUGGCGCCGGAGUGAAAGAUCUUCUCUAUGUGCCUCUCUGGGCUACUUCCAGGAAGUGGGAAGUUUUGUUCAAAAUGUUUUUUUCUUUUAAUUGCAAGCUGUGAUAAACACGGAAAAACAGAGCCAUGAAAUGUCUCGCUGGUUACAAUCCAGACCAAACUUUGUUCUUAACCUGUCAUCGUCUUAAAUGGACUGGGCUUCCGUCUCUUCACUAAAUACACCUUUUCACUUUUUUUUUUUUUUUUUCGACUUAAAUUGUUUUGAAAACCAUUUUUUUCUGUAAAUCAAUGAAAUUGCAUGUUUAUUAGAUUAAUUUAUCAACCUAGUGCACCUUAACUGGAAGUUUGCUUGGUGAUGUCUGGGUUUAGAGCACUGCGAUCAUUUCACUAGUCUGCCGAACACUCAACGGUUUAGAAAUGUUAAACAUGAUUCGGUAUAGCUUGCAUGUGUCCACGUCAUUCAGAUGCUCUCUCAAGUCUAUAGCUCAGAAAUUAAUAUAAUGUCAGGUGUAUACAAUAGAUAAACACUGUAUCCUUCACUAUAAUUAACAUUAUUGUUAUUGUUAAAAAAACAAACUGUGUGGUACCUCAAAAAAAGAGAGAAGUGUCCUUGCUUUAGUGCCAACCAUAGGCAAAAAGGACAAAAUAAAGGACUUUUAAUAGUUCUGAGCAUUUUAACCAAAACUAAUUUCCAAUAAAUAUGUAGAAUUUUUUUUUAAUGUAUUUUGCCUUGUUAAUAUUUUCAUUAUUUUGAUAUUGUGCCAAUGUUUAUGUUUUGCCUUGUUUAUGUACCCAUGAUAAUAAUAUGCCCAUAGCCUUCCUGAUCAAAUUUUAGUUGAAGGUAUUCAGACAGAAAUUAUAUUAACAGUAAGUCUGAAACCGACAAGAAUUAAAGAAAUUUAGAAAAUGUGUAAACAGAAAAAUUUGAAGAAUCAUUCUGAGUUGUUCAAUGAAAACGAGCGAGAAUGUGCUGUUAUAUUUUAAUGAAAGUUUUGUACCCAGAAUUUAUACAUUAAAAAGAUUAAACACA